GCUUUCAACUCAGCGCAAAGCCCUUAAGGCCGAAAAGGGAGGGAAGCCUUCUCCCUCCCCAUCCCCCUUCAGCGAGGAAUCCUGGGGAAGCUCGUUCUCUUAGGAUGGCGGAGAGAGGCUGCUGGAAUCCGCAGAGGGUCUGCAAUAAACAGGCUAGCAGCUAAUUCCAGGCAUGGUCGGUCCACCUGGGCUGAGCGACGGGUGUCUCCAAGUGUGUGCCACGAAGAACACUGCAGGAAGUGACCUCUCCAGAUCACGAUGGGGUCCCCUCUCCGCUACCACAGAGAGGCUGAGCGACCUCAGGUUUUCUCUCUGCUCAGUUCGCCCUGUCUUUUCUCUACCCUUCUCCCCGAGCUGGAGAUGUGGGUAAGAGUAGGAGGGGUGGGUCGCCCACGCAGAGACAGCUGGGCAGCAGAAGGGGAGGGAACCCAACAGAGGCUUGAUCCCUAGCCCCCACCCCAAGAUCGUCUUCGUGCCAAAGGAGAGCUGGCCAAACUAGGAGAAGGGGCUCAGGCUGGGGGGCCAGGGCUCCCGCGGCCUGGGAAACGUCCAGCAGAUGUCUGACGCCCACUAUGCAAGUCCCAACGGGUGCACUGCGCGACCACAGAGCUACCCCCUCUCACCAGCAGCGACCCUCUCAAGUAGGAGCCGCUCCCUACCCCCGCCCCUCCACGAUCCCCCGCGUCCGAGGCCUGGAGGAGUUGUGGUUCCAAGAAGCGGCACACGGCAGGCCACGAGGUUACGGCUGCUGAGUAAGCAGCCCCCCUGUCGGUACCAGCCGUCCCCGCCCGGCGCCCAGCGCCUCCAGUGAGUGCCCGAGCCCCCGCCGCGGCCCCGCCCCCCGGAGCCCUGCCCCGCCGGGUGCGCGGCGCGGAGGGGGAGGGAGGGCCCGCCGGGGCAGGAAUGCGCGGCGGGCGGCGCAGGAGGCGAGUGGAGGAACAUGUAAGGGCACAUCCCUCGAGCUGCCGCCCAGCGCGCAGGCAGAGCCCAGCGGAGCGAGCGGGCGAGCGUGGUGCCAGUGCGCAGCCGGGCUCUCGGACCGGGAAGCCACCGGGGCACCGGGCAGUGGCCGGGCGGGGCAGCUCGCGCGGGGCGGCGGAGGGGCCGGAGCGGGGCUGCGGGCGCCGAGCGGACGGCGGUGGCCCGAGGACUGCGCGGCGGGCGCACCGGACGGCCGGGGGACAGGUGGCAGGGCGCGCGGCCAGCCGGCCCCGGGCGCCAGAAUCCGGCGCUGCCGAGCGGGGAGGGCGCAGCGCCCACCGCAGCCUGCAGUUUUCCCGGGACGUCUGGGCGCCCAUGACGGCGGCGGCGACUGUGCUCAAGGAGGGCGUGCUGGAGAAGCGCAGCGGCGGGCUGCUGCAGCUGUGGAAGCGGAAGCGCUGUGUGCUCACCGAGCGCGGGCUGCAGCUCUUCGAGGCCAAGGGCACCGGCGGCCGGCCCAAGGAGCUCAGCUUCGCCCGCAUCAAGGCCGUGGAAUGCGUGGAGAGCACCGGGCGCCACAUCUAUUUCACGCUGGUGACCGAGGGAGGCGGCGAGAUCGACUUCCGCUGCCCCCUCGAGGAUCCUGGCUGGAACGCCCAGAUCACCCUGGGCCUGGUCAAGUUCAAGAACCAGCAGGCAAUCCAGACUGUGCGGGCCAGGCAGAGCCUCGGGGCCGGGACCCUCGUGUCCUAAACCGCACAACUUGCCAUCUUACCUUCAUGCUCCGCACCCUCCCCACCACGUGGUGUACGGAGGUCAAAUCAGCUCUCCUGCCCCUUUUGGCUCAUGGGAGCGUGACUGUGUCGAGGCGGAAGCCAUGGUCACGUGGAGGAGACGCUGGAGCUGAAGGAAUGGAUGGGGCCCGGGGAGGAGGGCAGAAGGCCAUGUGGGGCUGAGGAUGAAGAUUCAGCCCCUGGACACUCUCAGAGUCUCCGGACAUUCCCAGCUCAGGGCUUUGCAGCCACAGCCUGACGUACAGAUGGUGAUGGAGAGCUGGCAUCCAAGCACCCUCCCCUCGGCGGCCCCGUCAUCUGGUUGCAGACUGUCGUUAGUCCCCAGCUUGUGCCAUGCCGCGAGGAGGACAUUUCCCCAUGGGGUGCCAAGCCAGUGCCUCAGGACUCAGGAGGCCAGGCUGGUACCCCGGGGAGGAACCAGCCUGGCAUCACUUCUGGACUCACCUUGGUGGGGGGAGCUGAUGGGCCCUGAGGCCCACACUUGAGGGUCUCCUGCUGCUUAGGUCCUUCUGGGACCCCCACCCAUCCAGGCCUUCUCUUUGCACACUUCGCUCCCCACCUCUUGCCCAUCUUCCCCCCCCACUGUGGUGCUAGGCCUGGAGGUGGUGGGGGUGGGGUGGGGGUUUGGCCAUUACCAUUUCAUGCCUAUCCCAAAAUGAAGAGUCCCCGCAAAGGGCAGUGACCACACUGUUUGCUGAAUGGAGUUCUUUGCCCACAAAGACCCAGUGCUUGGAGCAUCCCUCUCCUACCCCCGCUUCUCCACUCCAUAACCCGUUCUGAGAUCUCCGGCCUGGGUGGGGAGAGACACUGCAGCCCUAGGAGGCACGACCUCAGCGGUCCUAGGAAGGAGGGACCGUAAGGCCUGGACUGAGGGAUGUUCUACCGGCCAACUCAGUCUAUGUAGCUGCUUUUCCAGAAGGCCAUGCCGCCCCUGCCAUCCUGGGAGGUGGCUCAGCUUUCUGAGCAGAGUUGGUCUCCCUGUCAUUUAUAUACUCAGGCUUCAUACAUUUAUGCAGUAAGUAUUCCUUGCUGGAUGGUUUAAAAGGAAUGAUUACAGCACAGGAAAAGCUGAAGUCCAGAGAAAUAGCUGCCUGAGCUACACAGAAACUCAUCGGGUAACCCUCGAGAUCUUUCCAUGUUGUGGUCAGCAGUUUACUCUGCCCUCCUUUCCUCCGUUGCCCACCACGUCUGGCCUUCCCUGUGGCAAAGCAGCGGCCUACUUCAGAGUCUCCAGAAGGAACGAGGGGGCUGUGUGGCCCCCUUCAACAAUUUGAAGUCUCUUUAAUAACCUCUUUGUGCUUCUGACCUGUUUUGUUCCCCGUCAGAUUUCUCCUACUGUCCAGCCAAGACCUCCCCAUCCUAUGUCCCAGUACCUUAGAGUCCUCGGGAGUGCCUUGUUCAUCUGCUACGAGCACCGCAUCUCACAAGUGACAAAGAACUUACAAAUUACAAGAGAGUUUUGACAAAUAUCUCAUUUAUUACCUCAUUAGGCUGUAUCCCUGUUUCAUGGAUAGCUUAGUCCCAGCAUCGCAAACAAGCAUCAUCUUCCACGCCACCCCUGGUAUGUGCUGAGCAAGACCUGGGCUCCCCUUGCAUGCUGUGGUCAAUUGGUGACGUCUGUCAUGGGCUUGGGGAGAAAGAUGGUGAGGAUGGCCGCACUUGGGUGGCCGGGUGGGGGGGGCGGUUUGGCGAGAAGAUGAUGGGGUCUCCACCCCUUCUUUGUUGGAGCCAUGUGAAUGGGAAAGGGUUAGCAUCUCUGUUCUAUAAGACGGCCUCUAAAAUAGAAUCCUUGCUCUUCAAAUCGAA